CGCGGACCCAGGGUCCGGUCCCGGCCCCCGCCGAGCCAUGCUGUGCGGCGGCUGGAGGAGGUGCCGCUGCCCGCCCGAGGAGCCCCCGGUGCCGGCCCCGUUCGCCGCAUCCCCCCUGCGCCAGCCCUCGCCCGCGUCCCCGGACGGCGGCACCAGGAGGCCCGGCCCGCGGGCCCUGAAGAAGAUGGGCCUGACAGAGGAUGAAGACGUCCUGGCCAUGCUGCGAGGCUCCCGGCUCCGCAAGAUCCGCUCGCGCACGUGGCAGCAGGAGCGGCUGUACCGGCUGCAGGAGGACGGCCUGAGCGUGUGGUUCCAGCGGCGCAUCCCGCGCGCGCCCUCCAAGCACAUCUUCUUUGUGCAGCAUAUCGAGGCUGUCCGCGAGGGCCACCAGUCCGAGGGCCUGCGGCGCUUCGGAGGCGCCUUCGCCCCUGCGCGCUGCCUCACCAUCGCCUUCAAGGGACGCCGCAAGAACCUGGACCUGGCGGCGCCCACGGCCGAGGAGGCGCAGCGCUGGGUGCGCGGCCUGGCGAAGCUGCGCGCGCGCAUCGACGCCAUGAGCCAGCGCGAGCGGCUGGACCACUGGAUCCACUCCUAUCUGCACCGGGCAGACUCGAACCAGGACAGUAAGAUGAGCUUCAAGGAGAUCAAGAGCCUGCUCAGGAUGGUCAACGUGGACAUGAAUGACAUGUACGCCUAUCGCCUCUUCAAGGAGUGCGACCAUUCCAACAAUGAGAGGCUGGAGGGGGCUGAGAUUGAGGAGUUCUUGCGACAGUUGCUGAAACGCCCGGAGUUGGAGGCCAUCUUCCGCAGGUAUUCAGGCGAGGACCGCGUGCUGAGCGCCCCAGAGCUGCUGGAGUUCCUGGAGGACCAGGGUGAGGACGGUGCCACCCUGGCCCGUGCUCGGCAGCUCAUCCAGACCUAUGAGCUCAAUGAGGCAGCCAAGCAGCAUGAGCUCAUGACACUGGAUGGCUUCAUGAUGUACCUGCUGUCACCCGAGGGGGCUGCCCUGGACAUGGCCCACACUUGUGUGUUCCAGGACAUGGGCCAGCCCCUUGCCCACUACUUCAUCUCCUCCUCUCACAAUACCUAUCUGACCGAUUCUCAGAUUGGGGGGCCCAGCAGCACCGAGGCCUAUGUUAGGGCCUUUGCUCAGGGGUGCCGCUGUGUAGAGCUGGACUGUUGGGAGGGACCAGGAGGGGAGCCUGUCAUCUACCACGGCCACACACUCACCUCCAAGAUCCUAUUCCGAGAUGUGAUCCAAGCUGUGCGUGACCACGCAUUCACGUUGUCCCCAUACCCUGUCAUCUUGUCCCUUGAGAACCACUGUGGGUUAGAGCAGCAAGCUGCCAUGGCCUGUCAUCUGCGUACCAUCUUGGGAGACAUGCUGGUGACAGAAGCACUGGACCUCCAGAACCCGGAGGAGCUGCCGUCUCCAGAGCAGCUGAAGGGCCGGGUCCUGGUGAAGGGGAAGAAGCUGCCGGCUGCUCAGAAUGAAGAUGGUCGAAUCUUAUCAGAUAGGGAGGAAGAGGAGGAAGAAGAAGAGGAUGAAGAGGCUGUGGAGGCUGCCGAGCAGAGGCGGCGAGCCAAGCAAAUCUCCCCUGAGCUGUCUGCCCUGGCUGUGUACUGCUGUGCCACCCGCCUUCGGACCCUGAACCCUGGGCCCAGCCCGCCACAGCCCUGCCAGGUCAGCUCCCUCAGCGAGCGUAAGGCCAAGAAGUUUAUCCGGGAGACAGGGAACAGCUUUGUCAAGCAUAAUACUCGCCAACUGACACGUGUGUACCCACUGGGCUUGCGGAUGAACUCUGCCAACUACAGCCCCCAGGAGAUGUGGAACUCGGGCUGUCAGCUGGUGGCCUUGAACUUCCAGACACCAGGCUAUGAAAUGGACCUCAAUGCAGGACGUUUCCUCAUCAAUGGCCAAUGUGGCUAUGUUCUGAAACCUGCCUGCCUGCGGCAACCUGAUACAACCUUUGACCCUGAGUGCCCCGGACCCCCCAGAACCACUCUAACCGUCCAGGUGCUGACUGCCCAGCAGCUGCCCAAACUGAAUGUGGAGAAGCCCAGCUCCAUCGUGGACCCCUUGGUACGCGUGGAGAUCUACGGAGUACCAGCAGACUGUGCCCGAAAGGAGACUGACUAUGUGCUCAAUAACGGCUUCAACCCUCACUGGGGACAGACCCUGCAGUUCCAGCUGCGGGUCCCAGAGCUAGUGCUGGUCCGGUUCGUGGUAGAAGAUUAUGAUACCACCUCCCCCAAUGACUUUGUCGGCCAGUUUACACUGCCACUCAACAGCCUGAAGCAAGGAUACCGCCACAUCCACCUGCUGUCCAAGGAUGGGGCCUCACUGUCCCCAGCCACACUCUUCGUCCAUAUCUGCAUCCAGCACUCUUGAAGGCCUGACUGACCUUAUGUGGUUCUGAAGGGGGCCAGUCUGCAUCACCCAUGGAGCCCUAUCCUCUCAAGUGAGGGAUCAUGGGAGUUCCAGCCCUUCCUGCUCACCAGGUGCUGGUUUCACCUGGGUGUUGAGGGUUGUUUGGCUUCUCCUGGGGGACAGUGUGAGCUAUCAUGUCAAGCUGCUCACUGGACCUCAGAGGGCUCCACCCUGGGGCCUUCAGAUGGCCCCAGCCUCCCUGGUCCUCAGCCACCCCUGACCACCUCUUGGUGGCCUCUGAAAGCCAGGCCUGCUGUGAGCCAUCAGCCUUCCUAGCUGAGCUAUCCUAGCCUCCUUCCCCCGAAGGGGUACAACCAACCACACUGCCCCUGUCCGGGGCAUUAGCUGUCCCCUAAUCCCUCCUUUGCCCCAGAUUCUCCUGGUCUCUUCCCUCUGGCUCUUGAAUUUGAUCUCCUAUUCACUCCUCUCCCUCUCCUUCCGUUUGGAAGCCAGAAGGGAACACAGGUGGAGCACUGGGGAAUCUGGGCAAUACGUUUGUAACUUGUUCCAUAGAAGAGCCCUAGAGGGCGGUAGGAAAGUAUUUAAAAUAAAGCAGCUUACGUUGACUUUA